AUGAAAACGAAGAAAACACAAGCCUCAUCCUAUCUGAGUACUAAUGACAACUUCUACGGAUCAAGCAAUGUUACUGCAAAAGCACACCACGGUGCAACUGCUAGCAGCUAUACUCAACCUUACGCUGAUCCGAGCGAUGAUAUGAUGCACAACCGCAUGAAUACAGAUAUCGAUAUUCUCAUCAGAAAUUGUAAAAAGAAAAAUUUGGCAAGUGCCCGUAAUAAUUGUGUCUUGCUAACCACUGGCUCGUUCAAUCCUGUUCAUCCGCUACAUUUUCAAAACCUCAUGCGCGUGAAGCAAUACCUUGAACGCGAGCUUGAGACUCCGUGGAACGUCCUCGCUGGAUAUCUGUCACCAACGCAUGAUUCGUAUGUUCAUGAAAAAUUGGGUGAUCGUGAUUGGAUUCCGGCAAAAGACCGAUGUCGACUUUGUGAAGCAGCUAUUCAGUACGAAGGGGAGGAACUUUCAUCUUGGGUUCGCGUUUCACGAGGUGAAAGCGAAUGGUCAGAUGGAUUUGAAGAUUUCGGUCCUGUCACUGAGAAGCUACGCGAUUUUCUUAAUGAUAAACUUGUUGACAAAGAACAAAUUCUCCGAAAUCCGCUAUGCGUUGUCUAUGUCUGCGGAUUAGAUCAUUUCAACAAGUGUUCCUAUGUUGAAAACAUGGCAAAGCAGCCGAACAUGACUUGCGCUGUUGUUUACCGUGUUGGAUGCGAUGAAAAGCAAAUUAGUCGUUCCGCCAAAUCGUCGCGUGUCAUUUACAUUCCAUUAUCAAAGGAACGUAGUCAACUAGUGGACGUGAGCUCGACACAAAUUCGCGAAUAUUUCAAAAAUUCACAGAGCAGCAAAGCAAGCACCAAGGCAAACAUCUAUCCCGUUGUUCAAGAAUACAUGAGCAAGAAGUACAGAAAAUAAGAACUAGCGCUCACUAACUUUUGGCCGUAUCUCGAAUAGAAACCAAGACGUUUAUGAAUUGUCUGUGAACAUAGUUGUAACAUUCUAUCCAAAGCUAAAAAUUUGAAGAUUUUCGUAUUCCUAAUCUUUCUAAUCGGAAGGCGCUACCCCAUACUAACAAAUACAACUAAUAAAAUUUAGAAUGGCACGAUGACACUGAAAAGCUCUCAGAGUAUUAUAUCAACUCCUAUUUCUGAGCUUUUGCACACUGUGUGAAGCAAAUUAUUCUCGCAGCAAGCUAGUUUUGAGCAAAACUUUAUCACACCGGUGUUUGUCUUGCCAAUAAGCCACACAUUGUAAGUAUAGUCAGAUUAACAUAUUCCGCUCUCUGGAUUCACAUGCUCACAAUCAUUAUCUGCACCCGCACGAAGACCACAUAUCAGACCAUUGAGAACAGUCGGCCUAGAAGGCUGGUUUGAACAUGCGAUUCCCGACCAACCCGGCUUGUAUUGACAUAGACCAAAUCAAAAGUAGCUGCUAGGAGGGCAUUGUAAAUUCCGCUUUCCUGGAAAUUCAAAUUUGACUGCACCUCAAGUGAAGAAUGAUUUCAAGAAGGGUAUGGUAUGGGUUGGGUUGAGUUGAGAAUGUAAGGGAUGGUAUGGGUUGGGUUGAGUUGAAAAUGUAAGGGAUGGUAUGGGUUGGGUUGAGUUGAGAAUGUAAGGGAUGGUAUAGGUUGGGUUGGGUUGCGUUGAGUUGAGAAUGUAAGGGAUGGGAUGGGUUGGGAUGGGUUGGGUUGGAUUGGGUUGGGUUGCGUUGCGUUGAGAAUGUAAGGGAUUGUAUGGGUUGGGAUGGGUUGGGUUGUAUUGGAUUGUAUUGGGUUGGGUUGUAUUGGAUUGUAUUGGGUUGGAUUGAGUUGUAUUGGGUUGGGUUGGGUUGUAUUGGGUUGGGUUGUAUUGGGUUGGGUUGUAUUGGGUUGGGUCGGGUUGGGUUGGGUUGUAUUCGGUUGGGGUGGGUUGAGUUGAGAAUGUAAGGGAUGGUAUGGGUUGGGUUGGGUUGGGUUGGAUUGGGCUGAGUUGAGAAUGUAAGGGAUGGGAUGGGUUGGGUUGUAUUCGGUUGGGGUGGGUUGAGUUGAGAAUGUAAG